AUGCCAAAGAACACAUUAUACGUUACUGGGUUUUCAAGAGAAUCCAAAGCUGCUGAUUUAGCUCCAGAUUUUGAAAAAUACGGAGAAUUAGUUAGAUUAGAUAUUCCUCCACCAAGAUCCGACGAUGGUGGAAAAUACGCAUUUGUCGAAUAUAAGGAUGCUGAAAGUUGUGAACGUGCUUUAGAAUUGGAUGGUAAAACUUUACCAUAUACAAUAAAUGACGGAUUGGUUGUUCAAGUUGCCAGAUCCGACCCAUACCGUGUGAGACAACAAUUUUCCGGUCCAAGAGGAGGUUACCGUGAUGGUGGUUAUGGCGGAAGAGGAGGGUACCGCGAUGGUGGCUAUCGUGACGGUGGUAGAGGUGGCUAUGGAGGAAGAGGCGGCUACGGUGGUUAUCGUGAUGGGGGAAGAGGUGGUGGUUACGGUGGCUACCGUGACGGAGGAAGAGGCGGUUAUGGAGGUUACCGAGAUGGCGGAAGAGGCGGUGGCUAUGGUGGCUACCGUGAUGGGGGAAGAGGUGGCUACCGCGAAGGAGGGUACCGUGAUGGAGGAUAUCGCGAUGGUGGUAGAGGUGGUUACAGUGGAAGAGGUGGUUAUGACCGUGAAGAAGGUAGAGGAGACUAUGAUCGUGAAGAAGGUAGAGAGCCAAGAGUUGAAGAGAAAAGAUACAGUAGAUCUCCUUCAAGAUCUCCUCCUAGAAGAGAUAGAUCAAGAUCCCCAGAACGGUAUUAG